AUGGCUGGUAAACCAGUCGACACGGAAUCCAAUGCGAACGAGGCUGACGACGGUGCCGAAUCGUUUAAUGUGAAAUCCAUCACACUACAGUUGCAGAGUAAACUGGUCAACGCCUUACCCAAUCGAAUACUACGGCUAUUUCUGGACGAUGCAUCCGUGCGUCUAUUUGACAAUAUCUGUGCUCUAUUGAAAAUGUACACGGGUUGUGUGAAAACUGCCAGCAUGACUACUAAACGUCUAUUUAAGAUGAAUGUUCGCUUGGCAAUUUACUCCUCCACGGAUGUACUGAAUGAGCACGAACAGAAUAUGACCUUCGAUUUUCACGAUCGAUGUCACCAAGCGGCCGAGAUUGUGCUUCGACUCGGUCGACCGAAAAGGCGUCUCCUGCCGGGCAUUUCGCCCACAAUCCAGAAACUGAUUCAGAGUGUGGACGAGGCCAAAUGUUUGGCUCUGGCCAUCACAGAGCGCCACAUGAGUGAGAAUGCACGGGAGAAAUUUCGCUCGUGUGUGGAUGAGUUAAACAAUCAGGCAUUUUUCAUCACCAUAUUUGGCAAAGAUUUACGAUAUCGGGAACUGAUGGAAAAAGUGUACGAUGAUGUGGAAGAUCUGAUGGAUCGGGGUUUGUUUUAG